GCUGGCGUGUUGCCGGGCGUACUACGUAAACGAAGUUUUGUUGGCUAAAAAAAUAUUUAAAAGCCGGCAAAGGUGCAGUUUUUCGAUUUUCCGGGUUGUUUUCCGGGAGGAAAUGGCCCUGCCACGGUGGAACGUGGCCAGCUUCGUCGUUUUGCUGACCGUGCGAUUACAAGCGGCCCUUUGGUCCAUCAUUUCGGAUUGCGACGAAACUUACAACUACUGGGAACCGUUACACUUUGUACUGAAAGGCAGAGGAUUCCAAACGUGGGAGUACAGUCCUGAAUUUGGCCUACGCUCCUACGCCUAUCUAUGGCUGCACGGUGGACCGACGAAGCUGGCAGAGCUGGUAGUGGGCAACGGGCCGGGACUGUUUUACUUCCUCCGGUGUCUCCUCGCAUUAGUAUGUGCCCUGCUAGAGUUCCGGCUGUACAAGGUCAUCAAGCUGAUGUGCGGAUCCAGCGUCGGCAACAUGUGGUUGUUUUUCCAGCUGGUCAGCCCGGGCAUGUUCAUCUCUAGCGCUGCCCUGUUACCGAGCAGCUUCUCAAUGUUUGUCACCAUUGCAACCAUGACCGCUUGGAUGGCUGGCAGAUCGAGGGCCGUAAUUGCCGUGACCGCACUUUCUGGUCUUAUAGGAUGGCCCUUUGCUGUUAUCGUUAGCAUUCCUUUCGUGCUCGAGCAGCUGAUCUGGAAGCGCCAGGUAUGGGACUUUGCCAAACACGCUCUACUGUUUGGCUUGCUGUGGGGCGUUCCAAUUGUGCUGAUCGAUAGCUAUUACUUCGGCAAACCGACCAUGGCCGCCUUAAACAUUGUCCGGUACAACGUGUUCACUUCCCAUGGACCGGAUCUUUACGGAGUAGAGCCAGCCAGCUUCUAUGUGAAGAACCUUUUGUUGAAUCACAAUUUGCUCGCUGCACUUACCGUGCUGUUUCCGCUAGUGUCCAUCGCUGCAACUGCUCUGCGGCUGAAGGUCGACAAAAGUAAGCUCUCGCCGAUGAUGGCACUGUGGAAGCUGUCUCCUCUGUAUCUGUGGCUGGCGGUGUUUUUCAUUCAGCCACACAAAGAAGAAAGAUUCAUGUUUCCAGUGUAUCCUUUGUUUUCGUUUGGAGGUGCUUUAACGCUAGCGCUACUGUCCAGCAUGGCAAGUCGUGUCUUUGGAGGGAAACGAUCUAGCGCUCUAAAUCGCAUUAUAGCAGGCGCGCUAUUUGGCGUGACAGUAGUGCUAGGAUUGUCUCGAAUAGUAGCAGUUUGUAUGAAUUACCAUGCACCGGUGACGGUUUUGGGGGGACUUCCACCCACCAGUCGCGAAACCAAUUUGUGUUACGGCAAGGAGUGGUACCGGUUUCCGGGGAGUUUCUUAUUGCCGCCCAACUAUCGUGUUCGUUUUAUUCGAUCGAGCUUCACCGGAAUUCUGCCAGCGUACUUCCAAGAAACGGCAAAUGGAACCACUGUGGUACAUAGUUAUUUCAACGAUCAAAACAUUGGCCAUGAUCAUAUGCUGUUUGGUUUGUCCGGGUGUGAUUAUCUUAUCGAUCUGGACACGGGCGAAGACUUUGAUACAGCAAAUCCCGAGCCAAACUAUUCGGCCGAUACAAGUACAUGGUCAGUGGUUCGAUCUAGUGAAUUUAUGAUCGGUUCCCGAUCGAGUACACUGGCACGUGCGUUUUAUGUGCCUUUCUUAUCACAGCGGCAUGCGGUGUACGGGAAGUACAAUUUGUUGAAGAGAACAGUUACUGGACGCUGAUAUCGGUAAAGUUAAGUUUGUUAAUCUCGUUGUAAAUAUGAAAAAAAAGAAACCGUGAAUAAAAUAUUCAUACCCGUGAAGGUAUUUCGGAGUAUCGUUAUCA